CAGUUUUCGGUUCAACAAAUGCCCAAAUAUUUCAAUUCUUUUUCUCACCAACGAAUAAAUUCUAUAAAAACAUGAUUGAACAAUAUUGAAUAUUUUGCUGUAGCCACUGCUGCGAAAAUUCAAUUUUGAAAUAUGUGUUCUAUGUAUUAUUGUGUGAGACUGUGUAGCGUCAUACAUCAAUUUAGCGAUGAUAUGAUUAACACCAUUAUAAAGAGAUCACCGCCACCAAUGCAUAUCAUCGAUUCGGCAUUAAUACACAACACACUUACAUUUGUUUUUGUCGAAUAGCGAGGAGAUAAUAGCCUUUGCAAACGAAUGCGAACGUUCUAUACACAAGCCAUACAUGUUGUUGUUACAUUUUUUUUUCGUCAGUCAACCACUCAAUUGUAAUCAUUAGUAACUUGUGUAACUUGGUGUCGAUUACACGCAUAUUUUAGUUUUCUUCGAUUGUUUAUUGUCGUCAAUAUCUCAAAUCAACAAGUUCAAUCCACAGGCCACCGUGUGUGUGUGUGUGAGAAAUGUUUCGAGCCGAUGCCAAAUGCCGAUGAUGGUGCCCGCUUGUUAACGUAUUCUUUACAAUCUUUCAUUUUGUCGAAUAAAUUGCACAAAAAUAAAUAAUAUGUCACAAAUGGACAAAGUGUGUAUGGUUUGCGGUGAUAAAGCGCUCGGAUAUAAUUUUAAUGCGGUUACAUGCGAAAGUUGUAAGGCAUUUUUUCGACGAAAUGCAUUGUCGAGCAAGGAUUUUUCAUGUCCAUUUGAUGAAUCGUGCGCUAUAACGGUGGUUACACGUCGUUUUUGUCAACGAUGUCGCUUGCAAAAAUGCUUUAAAAUCGGAAUGCGAAAAGAAUAUAUUAUGACUGAUGAAGAUAAAUUAUUGAAACGAAAAAAAAUUGAACAGAAUCGAGUGAAAAGAAAAUCAAAAGCGUUAAAAAGUGAUGACGAUAAAAUUAAAACCAACGACACCGACAGUCAAAACGAUUUUUGGACACAAGAACAUAUGAUGGACACGGGUCAAAUGGAUUUGUCGCCAGGUAGUUCGAGCAGUGAUUGCCUACAUGCAUUCCAAUCCAUUCCAAGCGUUCUGUCGAAUAGUUCAAUGAGCCCAACCAUUUCAUCCGUUGCAUAUCCAACACAAAUAUUGCAACCACAAUCACCCAUGCAACCAAUAUCGUAUCAAACAGAGAUUCCGCCACCAAUUAACACCGUCUUGAGUAAUAACAGUCCAUCGGCGAUUACAAAUACCAUUUCAUCAACAACAAAUAAUAAUUAUCAUAUGGAUUUUCAACCAACACAAACACGAUUGGAGUAUCCAUCAAAAGAUUCAAAUACCAGUGAUAUUGUUAACUUUUUUCUAAAUCAUCCGACCGAGUCCAGUAAUUAUAUAAAUCAAUUGAUGCCAAAUCAAAAAUACGCAAUGGAAGUUGUCACAAAAAUCAUUCAAUCACAACGCGACGCAAUGCGAAUGAUUGGCUAUUUAAUUGGGGCACCCGGUGAUGCAUUGAAAAUUAUUAGUAAAAUUAUGAAUUCACCGUAUCAUGCGCUUACCGUUUUUACCAAAUUCAUUACAUCACCGACCGAUGCACUUGAGAUCAUUGCAAAAUGUGUUAAUUCACCGUCCGAUGUUUUACAAUUUAUUCAACAAUUGAUGAAUACUCCGGACAAUGCCAGCGAAAUUGUAAAUAAAUUCAUGAAUGCACCGGCCGAAGCGAUGAAAAUGCUUAAUGAAAUGGUUGACAUUACGAUGGUGGAUUCGACGACAAAAAUGGACAGCAACGAUUUAACACAUCUCACGGUAUCAAAUGAAGCGACCGCGACCACAACAAAUUCAGAUGCAAGACAAAUGGAAUUUCAAACAAAUGAUAUUGUAACCGAUACAUUACAACAUACAAAAACCAUGUCAAGUCCAAUCGUACGAAAUUUAUUGCAAUCAAUGUAUGGUGAAUCAUCACACUGUGGCCAUUCAAAAACCAUUCCAACCAGUAGUAAUGCCAUUGAAACGGGCGUUAUUAGAAGCAAUGCACAUUCAAAUACAUUGGAAUCGAUCAUAAACGAUGCCAUCAAAAUUGAAUACAAUUUGAAUGUGCACGGCAAAGAGUCGAAUAUCAAUCGGGAAUUAAAUGACAACGAAACGGCCAAAUUGAACGAAUUAAUUGUUGCCUAUAAAGCCUUGUUCAUUCCACUUGACGAGGAUAUAACGCCGUUGGUGAGAGAACGCAAUAAAUCCACCGCAAAGACGGAAAAAAAUCCCGAGGAUCCAAAGCUUGUGACGCUAAUAAAUUUAACGGCAACCGCAAUCAAGCGACUUAUAAAAGUGGUUAAGAAAAUUAGCGCGUUUAAGAGCAUGUGCCAAGAGGAUCAGGUGGCUUUGUUGAAAGGUGGUUGUACCGAUAUGAUGAUUCUGCGCUCAAUGAUGCAAUACGACGUUGAUCAUUGUAUUUGGAAUAUUCCACACAGCAAGGAAAUUAUGUCAUCGAUAAAAAGUGAUGUACUCAAAUUGGCCAGCAACAAUGUAUACGAAGAGUAUGAGAAUUUUAUACGAACAUUCGAACCACGGUUACGAAAAGAUGAAAAUAUUAUUUUGAUCAUGAGUGCAAUUGUUCUAUUCACACCGACACGAGCAAAAACUGUUCACGCUGAUGUUAUUAUUUUGGAACAGAAUUCCUACUAUUACCUAUUAAGACGAUAUUUGGAGAGUAUAUACACUGGUUGUGAAGCUAAAUCGCUAUUUUUAAAAUUAAUUCAAAAAAUCAAAGAGCUGGAAUGUCUUAAGGAUGCUAUGAUUGCCGUUUAUUUGGACGUCAAUCCAAAUCGGGUCGAACCACUUUUACGUGAAAUUUUCGACAUCAAAAACUGAAGAAAACAGAAACAUAGACCAAUACGUGCCUGAGGAAUAUUGCAAACCAAAGUUUUUCACAUUAGUUUUUUUUAAAGAAUUGAACGAAUUUAAAGCUUAGAAUUAUCGAUCAAAAUCAUUUAAUUAGUUAAAUAUUACCAAAAUUAUAUUAUCAUCAAUGAGUGAUGGAAAAAAUGGAGAGUUAUUCCUUGUAAAAUAUUUAAAAGACCAUUAAAAUGCAUAAUUGUCAUUUAUAAAAAAGCAGUAGUUUGUAGUGAGCUCAGUUCGCUUCAAAAAUGUGUAUCCUUCUGCCAAAGGUCUGUUCUUUAGAAUAAAAUGAUAAAGACUUAUUUUUCUAAUGCAAAAUAUUGAUAAGUGCAAUUAUCCCAAAUAAAUUUCUCAUUUAUUUGUGCUUUACUCAAAUUGUAAAGUUCCAAACUUAGUUAGUAAUAGUUCAAAGCCAAAAACAGAUGAUAUCGAAUAAUUAAAAUAAUUUGAAUGAUGGAGCAAAAAAAGUGCUUAAAUGAUAAAUCGUAAUUGACGUGCAUAAAAUAAAAGAACAAAAUAUUUGAAAACAAUUCAGUUUAUUUUGUUGCAUUAAUCAA